AUACGUCGUCUUCGUAACUGCACAUAUCAUCAUCGCUUCGGGGGUGCAAGAAACGCAGGAUUUCCUGUGCUAUUGCUGAAGUGGAUACAUCCUAGUUUUAGAUUCGAAGAAGUACCUUAGCCCAUUUUAAGCUCCAUCGAUUUAAUGUCUUAAUCAAAACCUUCUCAUCUGCACGUGCCUUAGACUACACUUUGACGUAGUUAGUCUGAAAGAAGUCUUCAAAGAUGUCCGAAGCCACGGUGGCCGACACUCGCCGGUUAAACUCUAAACCGCAGGACCUGACGGACGCUUACGGCCCUCCCAGCAACUUUCUGGAAAUCGACGUGUUCGACCCGCAGACUAUAGGAGUCGGCCGCAAUCGCUUCACCACUUACGAAGUCCGGAUGAAGACAAAUCUUCCCAUUUUUAAACUGAAGGAGUCGUGUGUUAGACGAAGAUACAGCGACUUCGAGUGGCUGAAGAAUGAGCUGGAAAGAGACAGCAAGAUUGUUGUGCCUCCAUUGCCUGGGAAGGCACUGAAGAGACAGCUUCCUUUCCGUGGAGAUGAGGGCAUUUUUGAGGAGUCCUUCAUUGAGGAGAGACGAGCUGGGCUUGAACAGUUCAUCAACAGAAUUGCAGGUCAUCCUUUGGCCCAGAACGAACGCUGUCUUCACAUGUUCCUCCAGGACGAAAGUAUUGACCGGAACUACAUUCCCGGAAAAGUACGGCAGUAGGGCUUUCCCAGUCUGGGACAAGGGAGGGUCUUCUUUCUUCGCUUGUCAGCUUGUAUUUCCGUUCGUCUGCAAAGAAAGUGCAGAGUGACGUUUAUUUUUUACACUGAGCAAAAUCUAGAUAUCUGAUGAACCGUGCAGGACUUGGUUUUAUUUAACAGAUCAUGUUUUAUACAUGUGUCUGCGUUACUCUUUACACACACAUUGUAUUUCUUUUACAUCUAUACAAUGUACUUGUUAGUGAGUGUGUGUGUGUGUACAUUAUGUAACUAUAGAUUAAGCUGUAGCACUGUAAAUCAAAGAGGGUUGGCUCAUAUCUUUGUCCUCUCUGGCGUCUGUUGAAAGAACAUGUGCUUUUCAAGUUCAAGAGUUGAGGUGUAUUGCAUGUCAUUCCAAACAGUGCAAAUGCUUACCAAAACAUUUAGGGAGCAGUGAAGAGCUGGAUUUGCAGUGGGUUAGAAAAUUAGUCAUAAAUGUGAAGUGUUACCCUGUUGACAGAGAAGCAAGCUGAAAAAAAGAAAAUUCUGGACAGAGUUUUAGACAUAUAUUUGGAAGCCGUACAUGUUUUUGUAGUCGUGUGACCAUUAGCAAAACUCAAAUUCUAGCCAGUAUUCAUAAUUCCAUAAGUGGAAGUUUUAUAUAAUGUUAUUCGUUAAUACCUUAACUAUGGAAUCUUGUUUCCACCAAAAAAAAGGGAAUUCCAACUUUCUCAUAAUUCAGAUUUUCUUGUUUCUAUCAUUAUUCUACCUUUUUCCAGAUUCUGGGGUGGGGGGGGGGUCAAUAAUUGUGACAUGAAGUCAGCAUAAUUUGAGAUGUGAACUCGCAUUUCUAAGAUGAUGAUUCAGAAUUGUGAGAGAGACUGGCAAUUGCAAUGGAAAAAAAGAAUAAUUGUGAGGAUAAAUUGUAACCUUUUUUUUUUUUUUUGCCACACAAACAGAUGUGAGUUGUAAACCCAGAAAUUAGAAAACUCACAGCCAGGUACCUUUAAUUUAUUUUAUUCUGUAGCGGAAACAAGCUUCCAUAGUUUUAAUCGUCCAGUGCAUCAUUAGAAUACAUUAUAAAACUACCAUCUGAUAAAAAUAUGAAUGUCGCAUUUCAGUCUAAUUAAUACACUUAAUGUUGGCUUUGGAAGAGAUUAGAGCUUUUUAAUUCCAAUUUAUGUGAAAGGAUUUGUUUCUGAGAUCAUGUUGGAAGAUUCAUGCUAAUGUUCAAAAACACUGUGUUAGCAAACAAAUAAGUUCCUAAAACUACUAAAAGUUUAUCAUUCUUGUUAAAGUAUGUAUUACACAAAAAAUAGGCAUUUAGCAGUAAGAAAAGUCUGGUGUUCUUAAAACUGAUAUUAGGGUUAAAGUGCUUUAAUGUCUUUUUGUCAACCACUAUGGAGUUUUCCAAAGUAAUUAAUGACCGUAUGUACCUAUUUUUGGUAUGAAAUAAGUGCUUAAGACCUGUAUUUGUAUGUGAGUCCAGAUUAAACUCUAGGAGUCGAUCGUGAGAAAGAUCCAAAAAAACAGCUCCCUACGAGGACAAAAUAUUUGCCAACUGUUUAAAGGUUGUCCUGCCAAAGUUCAGUCAUUUUCCUCAGAAUGACUCUCUAUUUAUGUUAUCUCCUGUUCAGCGAUUUGUGCCUGUUACGUUUGUCUGUAAAUAAAGUAAAACUAAAUAGA